CGUGGAAAUGGCCGCCAGUAUAAAUGUGACUCUCAUCCUGUCGUGAUGGCCGUCGUCCGUGACUGUUUCUCGUUUGUUUCGAACCCAACCGUCGUCGUCGUUGUCUCCACCGCGCGCCACGGAGUUGAAUUUUCGGGGUCGUCGUUUUCAGAUCGCAGGACGCGCAACGUCGUCGUCUUCGGCUGGACGCGCAGUUUCGCGGUGAUCUGACGCGGGAUCGAUGCGACAAAAAUGACAUUUUACCCACCGACGACGAAAUACGAUGUUAAAUGCGUAAUAUAAUAACGACACAUCCGUCCGUCAUGAAUUCACGCGACCGAAACGGCGUAAAAAUCUAAAACAUUUUCGGAAACCGAGCUUAAUGAUAUUAAUAUUACAACUGCAACGACGGCGUAUUAACAAACAAUUGAUUUCCCAACCCCCAACCCCGUACCGGUGGUCGUAACUACGCGUACAGGUAGGCUGUCUAAUAUUUUUUACAGUUUUUUCUCGAUGACGUCGCCGUGUCCGGGUUAUGGAUUUACGUUGUUUAUACUGGUGACUGGUGUUUUGUUUACUACCUACAUAAUAAUAAUUCAUCUCAAAUUGACCUACUUUGUCACCGCCGUUGCACAACAUCCACCGACUGAGAAUUUGCAUAGCUGUAUUUGCCUUUUGGUCGUCUUCGGCUACAGCCGUCAUAAGUUUAUUUCCCGCAUGUUAUUAAACGUAUAUUUUGUAACUAGGUAGCUUUCGUUGUCCCCUCCAGACCGUAAUGUCGUGUGUUUGUAACGUUGGUGGUGGUGGACCUAACCCACUGACUUUUAAACCUUCCCAUUUUUUUUACUAUAAACAACACACCGAAGUCGAAGGACACGGCCGACUAACACACACCCGUGUUUUGUAGUAUUUACUCUCACAAGCAAAUUGCGUACUUUUCAAACCAGAUUUAGAACUAGUAGAGAAAAUUACAUCAUACCUACCUAAGUCAUAUAGGGGUGCUAUAGGGUAUUAUACCAUUGUAUGGCACCUAGAUAUAAAAUAAAGCCGUAAAAGUGCAAAUGUUAUCUACAAUCAAAUUCUAACUAAUUAAUAUACCUACCAGAAAAUUGUGUUUGAGACAUCAAUUUUUAAACAUAUUAAAGGAAUGGUCUCUAUAAAACAAUAAAAACUAAAUAAAUACUUAAAAUUUAAAAUAUAUACCUAUGGAUAAUAUAUAAAAGCACCGAAUAAUGUUCAAUAGAUUAAGUAUGUAGAUAGGUACUUAAUUAAUAUUUGAUUUGAAUAUUUUAAUCGGAAUAUAGAAUGUAUAAUAAACAAAUAAGUACUUAAAUACAUUUUUAAAUAUGCAAAAUAAUAACUAGGCUUAUACUAAUAUCAUAAGUAAUUUUACACUAACCUAAAUUGUUUUUCAGAUGGUUUUUUUGUUAUUUGAACAUUCUGUGAUCUAUCUGUAAAUUAAAAUGGCAUCGAGGUACUUAAUUAAUUUUUUUAUUUCUUGUCCAGUAUUUUUUUUUCUAACCAUAUUGCUAAUUGUUAUAUUGUUAUAGAUUGGAUAGACUUUUUAUAUUAUUAGAAACUGGAGGUAGUUCAGUUACCAGAAAAGCAGCAGCAAAUCAACUUGGACAAGUUGUGAGGUUGCAUCCCCAUGAACUUGAACCCCUAUUGGAGCGUAUAUCUGGAUACUUACGAAGUUCAUCAUGGGAAACUCGUAUAGCUGCUUCACAAGCUAUUGAAGCUGUAAUUAAACAAAUACCCCAAUGGUGUCCUAGUGGUCUACCUCCUGUUAAAUUGGGUGUGUUAGAUAAUCUUUUGUUUUUAAAUUUAUAUCUGUGCCUAAUUGUAUACCACAUUUAUAACGAUUUUCAGAACUUUGUAAUGAUUUACAAGUGGACGAAAAAGAAAAUGAUAAAAAAUUAUCAUUUGAUACGUUUAAUCUUGCUUCCAUUAUGAACUGUUCUGCUUUGAUGGCUUCUCCGGAUAUUGAGCAAGACAAUCCAAUUGCUUCAGAAAAUGGUAAAGUUUAUCUAUUAAUAUUUUUACUUAUUAAUUAUUAUAAAUACUAUUGAUUAUGGUAAUAAAAACCAAAUUGUUGUUAAUGAACUUUUAAGUAUAAAUAUUUUCAAAUAUCAAAUGUAAAUAUUUUAUACCUAUAUUCAAAUACUAGUUUGUUAAAAAAGUAAAUUGAAGAAUUUCAAGAAUCAUUAAUUGAAUGAGUUGAAUGACACAAACUAAACACAUAUAGUAGAUUAAGUUAGGUUAAUUAAUUAUCAAUGAUUGCCAAUUUCUACAUUUAUACACUGUAAUUAUGUGUAAUAAGAACAUUUUCAGAAUUUUCAGAUUUUUAAAAAAAAUGGUGUAAUUUCUCACAAACUUAUUCUGGAUAAGAAUCUGAAAAAUGUUACAUAACACUUAAAGUUAUGCGCACCCUUCAAUUAAUUAAUGUAAACCUCGUAUUAAGUUUAUUUUCAUCAGCCAUAAUAAUAUUACCUAAUAUAGGUGCUCACUCAUUAGGUUACGUUUUAUCUCAAAAUAAUGGAUUAUUUUUAUUUGCAUAUACAAGAUGAUUUAUUUGAGUGUAUCUAUGUACACUUAAUAUCUCGGAAAGUAUAAAUUUUUUUUGGAAUUCGUUUUAUAAAACAUUUAAAAAACAAGCAUUUACGCUAGUUUUUAUCAUCUUUAUUUUUGGGGAUAAUACCUCUACCUACUUUUGAUUUUCAAAUGGCACGCUAUAUUAAAAAUUGCAUAAAUAGAUAGAGUAUUAGUUAAAAUAAAUUUUGAUGUUGACAUUCAUGAUUUCAGUCAACCAGUUGACAAACAAGAUAUUCCAAUGUUAAGUUUGGAUCAGGGAAGUGUAGUGGAGCAUCAUUUAUAUAUGUUGAUAAUGUAUCACUUCCCUCCAUCUACUCAAACUUAAAAUCUGGUUUGUUAACAGAUUGACGAAAAUCAAAAAUGUCAAUAAAAUGUAUUUUAAUUAAUAUAUUGAAAUUUAUUGAAUUUUUAAUAUAGGGUGUCAUUUGAAAAUCAAAAAUAGGUAGUGGUUUUAAACCCAAAUAUAAAGAUGACAAAAAAUAACAUAAAUAUAAAAUUAUAGAGCUGCUAUUCUCUUUUAAUGGUUAUAAAACAAACUACGAACAAUUUUAAUCUAUGAACUGUAUAGAUUUAGACCCAGGCUCACUACAAUUAUGAACCUAUUAUAAAUUAUACUUAAUAAUUUUGUUUUAGAGGCUUUCGAAAAUAAAUCCCAUGUAGAUGUUAUCUUCACAGAUUUCACCAAAGUCUUCAAUCAAGUAAACCAUAACUUUCUCCUUGAUAUACUAUACAGAUUGGACUUUGGCGAUCCAUUUAUGGCCUUGUUUAAAUCAUUUUGUCCAGGGGAUUCUAAUAUGUAAACAUUUAUGGUACCGAGGUUUUGCCUAUCUCCUCUGGCGUCUCUGCAAGGUGGCCAUCUUUCAUCAUUUCUUUUUGCUUUAUUUGUUAAUGGCUUAAAAAAAGUUAUUCUCAAUGAUAAUCUUCUCGCAUUUGUUGAUGACUUAGAAAAUGUACCAUCUAAUAAAAUCAAUAAAUCAAUAGACUGUAAUAUAGUUACAGAGUGAACUCAACAAUCUAGUCACAUGGUGUAAUUUAAUUUAUCUCAAAUUAAAUUUGGAAAAAUGUCAAUUAAUUUCCUUCUAUCAGACUAAUACUGCCAUCACACACACCUUUAAAAUCAACAAUAUUGAACCAAUGUCUGUUUCAAAUAAAAAAAGAACUAGGUAUCCUUCUGACCAAGAAUCUAAAUCAUCACACUCAUAUUCAAUCAAUAAGUUGCAAAGCCUAUAAGACAUUAGGUUUUUUAAUAUGUACUUUAGCUGAAUUCAAACAGUUCUCACUGAAGGCUCUCUACUACUCAAGUACACCCCCUAUUAGAAUAUGGCCAUGUCCUAUGGAACACCUAUACUGCAUCUGAUUUCUCGAUUAUUGAGUGAAUCCAAAAACAUUUCCUUUCUUUUGUUAAUCACAUUCUUAUUAUUAACCAUUCAUUGAAAUUAAAAUAAAUGAAUGGAGUGAUUCUUUUUAAACCAGCAAUUUUCUUUGAGGAUUUAAAGUGAAUUUGAUUUCUAUUUUUUUUUUAAUCAUUACAGAAUCAUUUUACUCGGUAUACCUGUGGAAUCAAGAUAAAAAUUAAAAAUGCUUUUAAAAUAAAACUUAAACGAUUCCACUAUGAAAAAAAAAAAAAAAAAAUAGAAAUCAAAUUUACUUAAAACUCUCCAUGAAAAUUGUUGGUUCAUUAUAAAAAAAAAAUUACAUUGUAUGUAUAUGAAUGAGCUAUGCUUAAUGCAUAAUGAGUAAAUAAUUUUUUGAAAUAAACUACUUGUAAACACAUUGUGAAAUAAUCAUAUAUAGCCUUGACAAAAUUGCUAUCCAACUUGAAUGCAGUUAAUAUCAAUUUUUAAUAUUUAUGUUGAUUAUAUUCCUAUAUUAUAUGUUAUUAUAAAUUAUAAUUAAUAUCAUAUGGGGGGGACCAAACAAAAUUUUUUUUGAAGAUUAAAUGGAAAAAUGUCUAGACAGAGAUUGGUAGAUAGGGUGAAAUCUAAUAUUGCUGAAAUUUCCAAAGGAACAAAAAUAGAAAACAGAGAUAAAGGGUGAUAGAGAUAACAAAGGUUCUUCAUGAAAUGUGAAAGCUAAUUGAAAAUAAUUAUAACUAAAUAAUAACAUUACUGAUAAAAUAUGACUAACUAUUAUUAUUACAUAAUAUUAUCUAUGGCUAAGUAUAUUUAACCAUUGUACUUAUUAACAUUAUAUUAUUGUAUUAUUAAUAGUUUUUGGUGGGUGUGGGGGAAUCUGUAUAUUAACGGCAAUUGUUAUUUACUAUUUUUGUGACAACUUGAAUAAAAUUGUGUUUGAAAAAUGAAUUAUUUCCCUGUAUCAAUUUGAUUCAAUAAUAUAGUUUUAGUUGAAUACUAGUAUGUCCGAUGUUUUAAUUAAAAUAAACAAAAGUUUAUGUAUUGAUCAUAUUAAUUACAUUUUAUUCUACAGAUACAGAAAAAAUCAUUAAACAUCAACAGAAAAUAAUUAACAAAACAUUAGGAUUCGAAAUACUUGGUUCAGAUAUUAUCACACCCGAUGACAUAAUGUUUGCACCAACACCAAGUCAUCCUACAUUAAAAGUUAGUGUUGAAUAUAAAUUUAAAAUUGUAUUUUUAAUUAUAAGGAAAAACCAUCAUUCAUUUUUUAUAUCCUUGCUAUUCAGAAAAAAGACUUAACAAUAUAUUUGUCUAUUCUCUGAAUAACUAAUAUUAUUAAUAUUUGCAAAAAUAACAUUUUUUUCUGUUUACUUGAAUGAAAAUACUACUAAUUAAUUAUGUUCUCCUUUAAUAUUACUCUAUAUAAUAUUAAUGCUUCCAAAUUGGUGCCAAAAAUAUGGCUAAUAGUUAAAAGUAUUAUCAAUAUUUGUAUAAAUAUGUUUAUUUUUUAGAGACAAUUAAGCGAAGUUGUGCAAAUAAAUUCUGAUAUUGAUAAAAGUUCUAGAGAAACGAAUGUUGAUAGACGAAAAGCCCGGCAAGCUGAACUAAAACUAGUCAAAUCAGUAUCUUUAGAUGCUAGUUACACUGGAACUUCAAAUUUAUGCAAAAAAAUUAAAUUACUUGAUAACAAUGAAGAGGUAAAUUCUAUAAAUAGUAUUAUUUUAACUCAUUUAAAUACUAGAUUCUGAGCGGAAUGAAUAAUGUAAGCAAAAUAAAAAACUAGAAAUAAUCGUAAAACCCCUAAAAACUUGUAUUAGCAUUUAUAAUUCACAUGGUAUACAUUUCAAAAUAUUUUGGGUUUUUUUUUUUUAUAGUUAAUUGAAGUUUUUGUGAAAAAAAAUAUUAUGAUUCUGUAAUAGUGAUUGAAAAUUUGAUCCAAGAUUUAUCAUAAGUUGUUCUUACAGAUCCAAGAGAUAAAAGUAAUAUCAUAGUUUUUUUUAUAUUGGUGUUUGACGUAUAUAUUUUAUUUCAAAUUUGUUUGAAAAAAAAUCUCAAUAACAAAUUUUCCCUUCCAUGUGUGUAUGUAUAGCAACUUAUGGAACAAAUUUAUAGAUAUAUAAUAUCUAUACAUACAAUUCACAAACUGACUUUUCAACUAGAGAGUGUUAGAUUAAACUAUGGUUAUCAUUGUUUAAUCUUCUUUACUCUUAGAGUAUCUUUAACAUUUUACUCUAAUUCUAUAUACCAUGAAUAUUAAAUUCAUAAAAGUAUGGAGUUUCAUAUUAAGAAUUUAUAUAUAUAUAUGUAUAUAUACAGGUGAUUUUUUAUCGCGAACCAGCAAUUUUCUCUAGCGUUUUAAGCGAAUUUGAUUUCUGUUUUGUUCUUUUUAAUCAUUAUGGAAUCUGUUAAACUUUAUUUUAAAAUCAUUUUUAUUUUUACUCCUACUCUAUGUACCUUAAAUGAGUAUAUAUUUUUAUUUUUUAAAUACAGAUUUAAAUAAAGGAGGAACUGUAAUAAAUUGCAUGAUUGCACUCUACCCCUACUUCUCCAUUAUACACUUUAAAUGGUUAUAACUCAUAAAUGGUAAAUCUGAUAUCAGUGUUAUGCAUAUCAAAAUUUCUAAAAAAAUAUUCUUUGUUCAAUCUGUUUAAAAAGGAGGAGGCUCCUAUUUUAAAAAUUAAAAAUGGUUUCAAAAUAUUGCAUAACAUUGAUACCAUGGUUUUUUAUUGAGCUUCUUUUAUGAAACAGAAAAUACACAUUUAAAUUGUGAGUGAUAGUGAAGAAGCUAUGUUUACACACACUUAAAGAAUGAUGAUUUUUUAUGUUAUACCUUUAAAAAUUUGAAUUUUAUGCCUGAUGGUACUAGUACUUCAUUUGAAGUUUUUUUUUUUUAAUUUCCAGUAUUUUCCCCAAAAAGUUAAAUUGACAUUAAUGAUAAUAAUACAUUAACAUUAAUAAAACUGAAGUAUUGUUAUUAAACCAAAAGCAACUAAUAGCAAAUACAAAUUGCAGCAUCAGUUAGUAAUAAUAGUUCAUGUACAUCAAAUAUACCAAAUAAAAACAGUACUAAUAGUCAUAUCUAACUUUACCAAUAUACCGAGUUCUGCUCAGAAUCUGUUUUUAAUAGCAAUAAUUAUUGCUGUUUUCAGUAUAUAAACUAAAUUACUCUGUUUUAUCUUAUAUCUUUUCAACUUCCUACUUAUAACAGUAUUCUUCUUACUAGCGCUAACUUGUAUGUCAAUUAUAAUUACAAUUUAUAAACAUCCACAAUCAGUGGCUUCCUAUUUUUUUUGUCUAUACUAACUUGUAUUAUUAAUAAAUAUUACUUUUAUUACAGAUUGAAAAUGAUUGGCCUUUUAACAAUUUUAUCAACAGUUUGCAUAAAGAUCUAUUCAGUUCUAAAUGGGAAAUACGUCACGGUGCUGCAACAGCUAUUCGUGAAAUUAUUAAACAUCAUGGUCGAGGUGCUGGAAAAGCUAGUAAUAUACCAUCAGACCAAGUAUGUUAAAUAGAUAAUUUUGUAUACUUAUUUUUUAAUAUUCAUUUACUUAGCUUAUAAUUUAUUAAUAGAUGGAAAUUCAUCACCAAGCGUGGUUGGAAGAUAUGGGUUUAAGAUUAUUAUGUGUUCUUGCAUUAGAUCAUUUUGGUGAUUUUCUUGGCGACCAAGUUGUAGCACCUGUAAGAGAAACUUGUGCUCAAGCCUUAGGUAUAUAAUUUUUGUAUUAUAUGUAAUUUUUUUUUUUUUUAUGUGUAAUAAAAAAUUUUAUUUACCAUAACUAGGUUUUGUUGUUAAAUUGAUGUCUGAAGAAAAUGUGUUGAAUAUAAAUCAUGUACUUCUACAACUUAUCCAACAUAAUGAUUGGACAACCAGACAUGGUGGACUAUUAGGACUGAAAUAUUUACUUGUUGUUAGAAAAGUAAGUUUAAUAAAUAAAUAACUUUUAUAUAAAAUAUUGACCUUUUAUUAUCUUUGAAAUCAACAAUUUAGAUUAUAUAUUUUAAAUAUUAUAUUUAAUCUAAUAGUCUUAUGUUCUAUUAAUUUAAUUUUAGUAAACUUAUCAACUCAUAUAUUAAUUAUAUUUUGUGUUAUUAUCAGGAUCUGAUUGAAAAAAUAUUACAUUUGUCAUUCCCAUUUAUAUCUAAAGCUUUACUGGACCCUGUGGAUGAUGUAAGUGCUGUAGCUGCAUCUGCUUUGUUGCCAAUAGUUGACAGUAUGAUAAAAUGUGAUGAAAAAUGGGCAUCUGAUGUAAUAUCUAUUUUAUGGAAAAUGUUGGCCAUUCAAGAUGAUUUAACUGCAUCAUGUAAUAAUUUUAUGACUUUGUUGGCUGCAUUGUUCAGCCUUCCAUCUGGAAAGCUACAAACGUGAGUUCUAUACUAACUUUCAUUACACAUAGUGUUUCUUUUGUCACUGAACAUUUAUUAUUUCAAAAAGUAUUGACUCGAAAAAAAAUUGUUUAGACAAUUUGAUAAACAUUUGUUUGUUUGUUUUGCAUUUUUUGCUCUUUAAUCUUCCAUUUCCAUUAUUUUUUGUUUCUUUUAUUUUUGAAGGUAAAACAGCUACCUAUCUUUUCAACUUAAAAGUGGAAUAUCAUGUCAACGAAUUGACUGAAAUCAAUAAUGUCAACACUAAAAUGUAUUUAAACUAAUAAUCUAAUACGUAAUGUAUUUAUGGUAUUUUUAAUAUAAAUUUAAAAUCAAAAGUAGGUAGUCAUUUCACCUCUUAAAAUAAGGGUGACAAAAAAUAAUGGAAAUUAACAUUUUAAAUCUGUUUAUUUCUUAAGCUAUCACACCUUUUUUUUUUUAAAAAAAAUUAUUAUUCAAUGAUAAAAAAAAUUCACCAAUUUACAUAAAUAUGUACACUGUAGUUCUUGAUGGUUUAAAAUCUAAUAGUUAACAUUUUAGAAACGAACCAAUUCUUCAUGUUUUACCUCGGCUUUGGUCGUUUCUAUCACAUAACGCAACUCAAGUGAGAUUAGCUACUAUGAAAUCUUUAAUGACAUUAACUUCGACCCCACCAUUAUCAUUUUCCGAUGAACUUGAAGAUAUAAAAUUGCUUCAAGAUGCUAUGAGACAUAUUUUCCAGAGAGCAAUGGCCGAAACAGAUCAAGAAAUACAAAAAAUCAUAAAAGAAGUUUGUUUUCUUAAAAAAAAAAUCUAAUACAGCUCAUAUUUCUUCAACAAUCUAUUUAUUUUAUUUAUUUUUAAAUUAGGUUUGGUCUAAUUUAAUAGUCAACAGUAGCCUAACAGCUCUUUUAAAUGCUGCUUGUCCAUACAUAGGACUAUGGUUAGCAAUGACAAUGCAGUCAGAAAAAAUACCCUAUGAUGCAUCCAGUAUUGUCCAGCAUAUUGCAACUGCAACUAGUAAUGUAAUUUUUUACCUUAACUAUGUAUACAUUUAUUUAUUUUAUGUUUCUAAUUAAAGUUUAAACAUUUGUAUUUAUUUUUACUAUUCAAGGCUGAUAAUAUAUCAAGUAUAACAAGCAAUACAACUAUAGAUAUUAAAUACUAUAUUGGUGGUAGUGAGGCAAUUCCAGUAGAUCUAAGAGAAAAAAAUGCAAUUAGAGUAAGACAUAUAGGAGCAGAAAUGUUGGGUAUGUUCCUUUCAAUUAUUAAUAUUUGUAUCAAAUAAUAUAUCAUCUAAUAUAAUUCUGAUUCACAGGUCUAUUAUCUUGUUAUAUCAUUAAACCAGCACCUAACGUCAAUUACAAAAAUGAAAAUGAAUCGCCUGUUACAUGCUACACAAAAUUAUUAAUCAGUAAUUUAGAAUCAAAUGUAGCUAUACAACAAAGAAUGGCCUCUAUGGUGAUAUCAGAGUGGUGUAAAUUACAAAAAAUAGAAAAUUCAGCUUCAAAAAUAUUAUCUGAAAAAAUAACAGAUUGCAUGAAUCGCAUGAUUUACUAUGACGAAAUGUCAUACUCAAUAACUAGGCUUAUACAAGAUGCUCAUGAUUUCCUCGCAUCACUAAAACAUUAUAAAUUGCCUACUCCACCACAAAUAAAUCAAGUAUGUGUAUAGAUACAAGUUUAUGAUUUUACAUUUAUCAUGCCAUUUACUAUGUUACUAUAAAUAUAGAUUGUUUAGUUAUUCAUAAAACUUAAAAUAUACAAUUGUGUUAUACAUUUUACCUAGUCUUUAUUUAAAUGCUAAAUUUGCUUUUCAAUUAUUAUGAUUGAUGGUCACAAUUGGCUUUAUCAUUUAUUUUUUAAAUUUAGAGAACUGUUGAUUGAUAGCUGUUAUAGACACAUUAACAGUUGGCGAUUUACAGACAUUUUUAAUCACAAAAUGUUUAUUAGUAGAAAAAUCUGAUUUAAGAUUUAAGAACUUAAUUUAAGUAAUUUCACAGAAUUUAUCUAUAUCUUUAUACCUUCUCUGUUAUUUUAUACAUAUGUAAUGUGCAUGUCAUUGACAUUAUAUUCAAUUUUAACUACUUGUAUAUUUUAUUAUUUUAUCUAAGAUUGUAACUUUGGAACACAUUGAAAUACUUACUGGAUCAAAAAUAGAAAUGUUAAUUUUAUCUCAAAAGAUUAGACCUAAAAUAAUUGAGCAACUUGAGGACAGGCGUACUUCUUUAAAUCAAGCACAUAAACUGAUAUGUUCUGAUCUCAAUUCUUUAACUGUAUCGUAAGUAAUAAAAUACUACUUCCUAAGGAAUUAAAUCAUUUUUAUUUUGUACAUUGUUCAUUAACUUAGGACUAAAGCAUCAUUAGCAGGUGCAUUAACUAUGCUUCAAUGUUUACCAGAAAAAAUACGACCUGUUGUUAAACCAUUAAUGGAAUCCAUCAAAAAAGAAUCUAAUGAAAUAUUACAAGUAAUAUAAACACUUAUUUAAUAUUUACAUAUUUAAUAAAUAUGUUGAAUUAAUAAUAAUGUUAAUUUAAUUUUUUUAGCAUUGGUCUGCUGACCAUUUGGCUAUUUUGAUGGAUUUAUGUGUCAAUCGCUCUUCGUGUCCCAACACAACCAUUAUUAAUAAUUUAUGUUCUUUUCUAUGUGUUGAUCCAGAAUUCACACCAAAAUUAGUAAGUCAAUGUUAAAAAAAAAAAAAAUACUAUAAAUAUAUAUGAUUAUUUAUUUUUAUAUGACUAAAAGAAUUUGAUUGAACAACAAUAAAGUUGCGAAAAUAGAACAAUUAGUAAUAAUUUAAGUGUAAUUGGUGAUGUCACAUGUCCAAGUCCAGUUUAUUUAUCCAUUCGUAAUUUCUUUAGUCGCAUCAAUCAUUUAUUCCAUCUAUAAAGCUGUUUACUGUUACAUCUUCAUUAUCCUAUGUAGAACCUAUUCCGCUGCACCUAUGACUCCUGGGUUGUGGUAUUUUGAUGUUCUUUAUCAGUUACAUCAACUGAUUUUUUUUCUUAUAACUUUCUCAUCCCAUAAAUUAAAGUUAAACCAUCCUCUCUACUUUUUUUUUUCUACUCUUUAAAUGACUCCAGAGUAUUAAUUUUGAUUUCUACAUACCAUUUUUGUGAAGUCUUAUAGGUCUUAAUUUCUACUUAUUAUAUAACUAUAUAAGCUUAGGGUUGUAUUUUUUCUUUUUAUUUGAUAUAGUUCUAUUGUAGACAAUAUCGAUCUAUAAGUGACUGUCCUAAAACCAACCUGGUUUUGUAUGUAGUAACACUCUAUAUCUGGUAAAAUGCAAUUAAAUGUCACCUUUUUGUAAGUUUGAACAUGGCACGUGAUAGUAGCUAUUUGGUUACUCAAGGUUUUUCCUUGGUUUCAGUAUGGCAAUUACUCAAGCUUCCUUCUAAAUGCAAGGUACAUUACCUGUAAUGAAGAUUUGGAAAAUUAUGUCUACCGACAAGUUCAAGGUCUAGGUCUAAGUGAUAUAGAAUCUCCAAGUGUAUAUUGUCUUUGUUGGAACCUUAGCCAUUUUGAUCUCUUUAAUCAAUAAAAUUUUGACAUAUUUACAUAUUUUUGUUAAAACUAAUUUAUACUUAUUUUUGAAGAAAAAUAAAUUGAGACUUUUAUAUAUUUUUACUAAUAUCUAUAAUCUUUGUUUAUUUAGGGUGCUGAUGAUAAAAUAAAAUACCAGUUAAUUCUCAUGCACCAAAAGUUAUUGCAAGUAAGAUUUUAAUAUUUAAAAAUGUUGAAAUUUAUAGUUAAAAUAAUAAUAAUUUUUACAGAAUGCUGAAAAAUUGUUAAUGAAACGUACUGGACAAAGGGGAUCGGGAAGGCCUCCUAUACAUUGUGAUAUAAAUGUUGAAAUCGUACUAAGUGAAGAAGAUCUGGUUAUUAUUAUAUUUAUUAAUUAAAUUAAACAAAUAUUUAAACAUUUUCCUUAAAAUUCAAAAACUCAAUUUUAGUAACUUAUUCAUUUUAUAUAAGUUAGUAUUUUUUAAAUAAAAUCAUUAAACAAUAAAAUAACCUUUCUAAGUACAAUACCAUUUGGUACAAUAAUUAUUAAUUAUCUAUAAAUUACUAUAUGCAAUAUUUUGACUUCACUUACUGCUCAAAAAUUGUAAUAGGUAUUUCCUUGUAGCUCCUAUGAUUUUCAAAGAAUAUGAAACAAAAUUGUUUCAAAGCUAUUUUUAAAUUUGUCUUGUAUUAUUUAAUAUAUGUAAAACAUAUUCUAGGAACAUAAACAGACUAAUUAUAUCCAAAGACGAGGUGCAUUAUAUGCUUUACAAACUAUUUGUUCGCAUUUUGGUGACCAAUUACAAAACAAACUACCAAGACUUAUUGAAAUAAUGUACCACAAUAUAAAAAAUAUUAUAUUUCCUGAAAAUGAUCCAAGUAAGGUCCAUGAUAUAAUUAAUGAUAUAUCAAGAUAAAUAUGUAUUAUUUUUAUUUGUUCAUUUGUUUUAUUUUUAGAUUUAAAUACUUUUAGAGAAAAAGAUAAUGAAGCACAAGAACUAAUUAAAAAUUUACAAGUGUUUGAAGUAGUUUGUUCAAAAAUGCAUAAAUGUUAUGUCCCAAAAGUAAUAGUCCAGUUAUAGUAUUAAAAUAUUUAUCUAAUACCAUAUUGCAUUAUAUUUAAUUGUAUAAUAUAUAAUGUACAAACUAAAAAAGUAUUUACUUUUCAGCUAUUGGAGUUGCUACCGAUAUUUACCAAGCUACUUGUUCAUCCAUAUUCAGCUGUUAGACAUAUAGCUGCUCGGUGUUUAGCUGCAUCUGUAGAAUUAGAUUCUGUAAUUACUAUGACAAUUGUUAUAAAUGAUAUUUUACCACUGCUUGACGCAACAGACAGUGAUAUAAAACGAAAAGGGGCUAUUGAAGCAGUUGUUUGUAUAGUUGAUAAGUUGCAAUUUGAGAUUGUUUAUUAUAUUGCCAUAUUAAUUAUUCCCCUUUUAGGUAAAAUACAUAUUCAUAUUAUUAUAUUGAUUAAAGAUAUUUUUUAAAUUUGGUAUUUUUAUCAUAGGUCGUUUAAGUGAUCAAGAAGAAAGUGUACGUAAAAUGUCAUCGCAAUGUUUUGCAACUCUAAUUCAAUUAAUGCCACUUGAUGGCAGUAUGUCAGUUCCACCAAAUUUAAGUAAUAACAUGAUUACAUUAAUUCAAUCAAAGCGGCAAUUUUUAGAUCAACUUUUUAAUCCUAAUCAAAUAAAUGAUUACAAAGUCCCAAUAAUGAUAAAUGCUAAAUUAAGAUCCUAUCAGCAGACAGGUGUGAAUUGGUUAGCUUUUUUGAAUAAGUAUAAACUACAUGGAAUUUUAUGCGACGAUAUGGGUUUGGGAAAAACUAUACAGUCGUUGUGUAUACUCGCUAGUGAUCAUUACAAUAAAAAUGAAAAGUAUAAGGUAACAAAUAAUAGAUUAUGCAAAAUAUCUAUUUAUCUACAAUCAAAAUGUAAAAUGUAUUUAGAAAACUGGCAGUCCGGAUUCAGUUCCUCUACCAUCUAUUGUAGUUUGUCCACCGACAUUAAUUGGUCAUUGGACACACGAAGUACAAAAGUUUAUUCCGAAAGACAUACUAAGACCAUUACAAUACUCUGGAUUGCCUGUAGAAAGACAAAAGUAAAAUAAAUACUAAUUGUUUUAAAUUUGUAUACAUAAUUUUAAAAAUUAAUAUUUUAUUAUAUACUACUGUUUUAGACUGCGAGUGUAUGCUGAUGAUUAUAAUUUAUUUGUAGUCUCUUAUGAUAUAGUUCGUAAAGAUAUAGAUUUUUUUUCAAAAAUAAAAUUCAAUUAUUGCAUAUUAGAUGAAUGUCAUAUUAUAAAAAAUGGAAAGACCAAAGCCAGUCAAGCGAUUAAACAGCUGAGAGCAAAUCAUCGUUUAGUUUUAUCUGGAACUCCAAUUCAGAAUAGUGUUUUAGAAUUAUGGUCAUUGUUUGAUUUUCUAAUGCCAGGAUUUUUGGGCACAGAAAAACAAUUUGCUGCAAAAUAUAGUAAACCAAUUUUAGCAAGUCGAGAUGCUAAAUGUUCAUCAAAAGAACAAGAGGCUGGUGAGUUAAACUUACAUAAUAACUAUUAAUAUUAGAAAUCCAAAAAAUAUUUAUUUAACAUAAUUUGUAAAAGUAUAAUUAAAAUCCAUUAUUAUUUUUAAAUCAUAGUGUUCUUCAUUAAUAUGAAUUGUCCAAUUAACAUUUAUCAAGAAUAACAUUAAAAAUAAUAAUAAUUUAGUAAACAAAUUAUUUCAUUACAUUUAAAUUUACUCUUGUUGUAUCUAGUUUUUUAAGUACUACUACAAUUUAUACAAAGUAAUCAAUCCUCAACAAGGUGCUGAUUAUCAUGGAAAGUUUUUACUUUUUCCAAAUUUUUUUUAGUAGAAAAAUUAAAUAACUAGUAUCUCUAAAAUAUUUUUGGAAGUGAAAUGGCUAACUACUUUUAAUUUUCAAAUGUCCACCCUAAAUUUAAAAUCUAAUAAAAAGAUGGAAUAUUAGUUUAAAAUGUUAAAUUAUUAUUAGUGUUCAAAUUUUUGAUUUCCAUCUAGUCAUUGAUAAGAUAUUCCACUUUCUAAGUUUAGGUAGAGAGAAAGUAGUGUAGCACUAUUUACAUACAUUGUGUCACCACUCAAAUGAUGUUCCACUAUUCACCCCUACUCAAACAUAAAAGUGAAAUCAGGAUUUAUUACAUUAUGUUUAAAACUGAAUUUUUUUAUUCUCUUAAAACUUUUAAAAUAUAAAAAAAUACCACAUUUCUAUUGGUUUACUAUUUAUUUUCAAUUUUGUGAAUAACAACUAAUCAAUUUUUUUUUACAUAUAUAUGUAAAAUAUAUAUUCUGGAAAAAGUAAAUACUUUCUGAGAUAAUGAGUUUCUUAUCUAGGAUUGAUCACUCUGUAUACCAUAAAAAUGUGCUAAUGUUAGCCAUUAGGUUAAUGGUAACAGAAAUUUCUGUAAUUUCUUACAUCUAAAUGUGUUUUGAUUAUAUAACACCUUAGACAAAUUUUUUUUUUUUCAACUAAUAAUUAUUAUUUUAAUUUUCAAUAAUUUUGAAAAUAAUUUAAUAAAUCUUAACAUUCAUUACUAAAAUUUAAAAUUGCUUUCUAUAAUAUUGUUGUAUUUUCAGUUUUUUACCAUUUACAAACUAAUGUUAGAAAAUCCUCCCAGAAGUACCAUUUAUAUGCAUUUACUUGCUAUGUAUAAAAUUGUUGAAAAGUGAAAAAAAUGAACAGAUAGCUCUAAAAUUACUCUUGCAUUGUAUAGAAACUCAACUAUUGUAGACUUAUUAUAUUUAUAGUUCAUUGAAUUAAAUAAUUUGAAUUAUAUUUUAAAUAACAUGAAUUAUUCAAUUUUAUAGGAGUUUUAGCAAUGGAAGCAUUACACCGUCAAGUUUUACCAUUUGUUUUACGUAGAAUGAAAGAAGAUGUGUUAAGUGAUUUGCCUGCUAAAAUUACUCAGGUAAAUAAAAUAUACUUCUAUACUUUAAAAAUAAAAGAGUUCAAGUUAUUCUACUUAACAAAAUACAGGAUUAUUAUUGUGAUUUGAGCCCUAUUCAAACACUGCUUUAUGAAGAUUUUUCGAAAACACAUAUACAUAAACAUUUAACAAAUUCUGAAACUGGCAGUUCUCAUGAUUCAAAUAAAAACAAUAUGCUACAAGUAAAUUAUACAAAUUAUAUUUUAGUUGAUAAUUAUUUACUUAAUACAAAUAAUGUAUUUUAUAUUACAGGCACUGCGUUACUUACAAAAUGUAUGUAAUCAUCCAAAACUAGUCCUUACCCCACAACAUCCUCAGUAUUCUCAUAUAAUUAAGCAAAUUUCAGAAUCUAAUUCUAGUCUAACCGAUAUACAACAUGCUGCUAAAUUACCAGCCUUAAAGUAAAUUAAUACAUUUUUUUUUUUUUUUAUAAUUUCUAAAUAAUGUUUUUGUAUUAAUUUAAAAUGCAAUUUUAGGCAACUUUUAUUGGAUUGUGGUAUUGGAUUACCAAGUAAUGAUGAAACUGUAAUAAGUCAACAUAGAGCUUUAAUAUUCUGUCAGCUCAAAUCCAUGUUGACUAUCAUUGAAAAUGAUCUCUUUAAGUAAAUGAUAUAUUUUUUUAAAUUUCAAAUUCAAUCAAAAGAUAAUUCAUUUUUAUUUGUAGGGCCCACAUGCCAAAUGUUAGUUACCUUCGUCUCGAUGGUAGUGUACCUGUAUCUCAAAGGUAUUCACUUGUUAAUCGAUUUAAUGUUGAUCCGUCAAUUGAUACACUUAUAAUGACUACACAAGUAGGAGGCUUGGGUUUAAAUUUAACUGGAGCAGAUACGGUAUGAAACAACAUUUUACAAUUAUUGAAAGCUUAAUGUACUCAAUAAGCAAUAUGCUGCAGGUAAUAUUUGUAGAACACGAUUGGAGUCCUAUGAGAGAUCUACAAGCGAUGGAUCGUGCACACCGUAUUGGUCAGAAAAAAGUUGUCAAUGUCUAUCGUUUAAUAACAAGAUCAACACUGGAAGAAAAAAUAAUGAAGUAUUUAUUAUUAUGGCAAAUAGAUACAAUGUAUGUUUUUGUAUUUAUAUUAUGUACAUUUAUUUCAGUUUUCAAAAGUUUAAACUAAAAACUGCCAAUACAGUAAUAUCAUCUGAAAAUUCAAGUCUUCAAACUAUGGGAACUGAUAAAGUAUUAAAAUUAUAUAAAAAAUGUAUAUAAAUAUAUUAAUAUUGAUGCUUUUGUUUUCAGUUAUUAGAUUUAUUCUCUUUAAAUGACUCAACAAAAGAAAAAAAUAAACCAAGUUCAUCGAGUGGUUCCAUAAAAUCUGUUCUUGAAACAUUGCCAGAACUUUGGGAUACUAAGAUUUAUGAUGACGAAUAUGAUUUAAACAGUUUUGUUCAAACUUUAAAUCAAGCUUAAUCAUAUUCUAAAAAUGUUAUUAUAGACUUAAACAUUGAUUAUUGAUUAAUUUACACAUUUAAUUUUCUUUAUUUAAAUCUAGUGAAAACAAACCAAAAAUUAGGCUUUUAAUUUCAAUUCAACUAUAAUCAUUUAACUCAAUCAAUUGCUUAAAU